UGACAUCCUGUCCGACUGCAGUAGGACGAAACAUCCGGUUGUGGCCUCAGGGCAUAGACAUUCAGAUGGCGCCUCACAGUGUUCAAUCGGUUACACUGCUUGUCUUUCACCUCGCAGCCUGCUCCUUCUGGAUCAAUGACAGACUCUACAGCAUGCUCCUGCUGUGUUGUGCAUAUCUGGCGCAGCUUAAGUUGCUUCCCUCCGGUUGACCCCGGUCCAAGAUCAUUCCACCGCAUUAGCCUCGCACACCACAGUGGGGCGUGGGUUACACGUGCAUGCUGUGGUUUUUUCUCCCUCAUAACUCAUCAAGAUUUUACAGGUACUGCAGUGUUUCUCGACGGCUUGUACAUAUUUUACUCUCGAAUAUCAGUUUGUAUUUGGCCCGUAGCCAACCAAAUGUCAACCUUCGUACUGGAUCCUCGCAAUGAUCCCGUUACCGUCUUUGGUGAGGAGCCAAGCCACCAAGUACACCCCCAGGACCUGGGAGAGACCCGUCUCAUGUUCAGUGAAAUGCUACAAGUUGCUAUCAAUACUAUUCUGGUGACACUUUAUUUCGUCAUGAUUCUGUUGUCUCGUUUCGCGACACGCUCCGCACCGGAUCCACUCGAUGAUACCCUCCCACCCUUGAGUGAGGAGCCAAGCCACCCAGAACUCCCUCAGGACCCAGAAGAUACACUCCUCAGUGGAAUGCGACAAGUCACAAUUACCAGUAUGUGAUAUGUAUUUCAAGUCACCACGAAUUGACUUUCCGAAGGCGUCCGUGCGACUGAUCUCACUCUUGGUCUCCGACGCAUACCAGCGGGCUUCCACGUGAUAGUACAAGCUGACGGUGCUGAAUGGCA